GAUGCGACGUGAUGUAUCAGUGCAGCACAAGCAGAGCGCACAGCAGGCAGAAGCGCGAUCUGCCGAGUUGCAAAGCUGCUGAUAGCCGUUAUAUAUGCAAGAUUCUUCACCGACGAUACGCGAACAUCAACUUAUUUAUACCUUCUUUAUACAGACUUUUGAACUUGUUUUGCGCGCACUCAUCUGCACCAAAUUUACAAUUUUUAUUAUAUGCUUAUGUCGCACACCGUAGUAGCUUUAUAUUGAAAAUGAUAUAUUCGUUGCCGACCAAAUGAUUAAAUUCCGCCUAGUGCGAAUCGUCAGGCCACCGCCGCACCUCUCUCUCUCUCUCUCUCUGCACAGCCUCGCGAGACUCCUCGAGAGAAACCGUGAAAUGUAACGACGAUCGCAGAAAGCUUCCUAUAUGGAUGCAGUGGUUCGGGCCGCGUUUAUUUUUACUUAUUGAUCGAUCUCUCUAGGCUCCGGCUAUGAUACUACUACUGGUUAUGCAGCUUUGGGGCUGUUUAAUUAAUACAGCUCUCUCGAGAGCGUAUGUAAGACGUUGUCGAGCGAGCUAGCCAGGUAUGUGGUGCUCCGCUGAAACGAGGUGAAGUAUAGGUAGAAUGCCUGUCGUAUAUACCUAUAGCAUAUUCAACGCUCAUAUCGUACGUAUAACAGAAUGCAAUAUAAAGUUACCGGCUAAGUUUCUGCGAUCGAUAAUUUCGCGGACGAGCAUCUAGAGUCCCGUGUGCAGUGUAGUGUAUAUGUCCACGCGCGCCGGUUACAAUUGCAAGGAUGCACGCGUCGCGACGCAGAUCAUGCGAAUCGAGUGCCGUAUCAUGCGCUGCAUGCGUAUUGCGGAACGUCGCUGUGAAGGUGGACCUGUGCUGUGCGCCUCCUGCAUCAUGCUAUAUUAUACCUAUCACCCCGGCAGCCCGGCACGCGGACGCGCAAUUCCCAUGUCCCAUGUAGAAUAAAUUAUACCUGCUACGUACUUACUCGGCGCAAAGGCAUCCUAUCACUGUUCGAAUUAAUUUUGCCGGCUCGGUGUGUCGAUGUUGCACUGCUCGUUACAUAUAUUUUUAUGCGCAAUGUAUAUUACUGCCAACAUCACCACGAUUAUCCAAAUGUAAUAAAAUAUUCAUUUAAUUCAUUCCGAUGAUUUCUGUCUAAUAAUAAUUUUGCUCUACUGACAACUCAUAUGGUUUAAAACAACUGACGUUCGGUGCUACUAUUCAAUAUCUUUAAUAGUCUGUGGGUAAAAAAUGAAUGUAAAUCAACACCUGCUAUUGAAAGUAUAAGUCAACGAUGGUCAACCGAUGUUCAAAGCAUUGCCCGCCAUUUCCAAGCACGCGGUAGCGUCUCUUUUCAAAAAAUUUGUCUGCUCCGGCCUCCGAGUCUAAUUUUGACUCUGCGCUGCCGCAAUCGCUCUGUACAAGUUGUUGUUGUUGUGACGUUUGUCAAAAAUAUCAAGCGAGUUUUAUCAAGUUAUUACUAUUUUGACACUUUAUGUUUGUGUUAACGAACAAAAUUAAUUAUGUCAACGUCAGUGGAAGUUGUAACGGCCAGGGUACAAGCUUUUUUAAGCUUACCUCUAGUUCCACGAUGCAGAGAGCUGUCAAUUCUUAUAGAUAAUCUUAGUACAGCAGAGCUGCAACACAUCUUUCCACUACUCAUUGAUUCAAUAUUUGGUGUUACUGACAAUGUGGGAUGGGACUUACAUGCUAUAACUUUAAAGCGAUAUCCUCAAGAAUAUGAAGUGCUAUGCAAUUUUUUAAGUCCUAUGGGACCUAUUUUUUCAGCAUGCUAUAAAUUGCUUCCUGAUUGUUACUUGAAAUAUAAUUUUCCAGUGUCUUUCUUGCCGACUAAAAUCCGGCAUAUGCUGGAAGAAGGAAUAAUACCUCCAUUCUAUUCUGAUAAAAUAAAAGACGAAAAUAGUUCUCGAACACCAAAUUACUUAUCAAUGAAUCCUUUUGAAUACUAUAUAUUUCACUUUGCGUAUCAUUUGACCAAUCCAUGGUUACUAAUUCAACACCAAGAAAAUGUAUGGGUCAACUGGGAAACUGUAUAUGUUGAAUUAGCAAAUUGCUACCUAUAUCACUUUUUACCUAAAGAUAAUUCACCUGUGUUACCUGACAUAGCGCCUUAUGUUAAAAAGACUCCUCCAAGAAAAUUGAUGCAAGCCCAAGAUACUAAAAAAUUACAAACACCAUGCCGCCUUUUAAGACCAACAAUGUUAUCCCAAAAUACAAAUAAUUGUAACACAACUUCAUCUCCUCAACAAUGUCUGCCACAAGUUUGGAGAAGUGAAACAAUUUUACAAGUAUUUCUUGAUUUUUGGUUAGAAUAUACUGAAGAACCCCAAUUUUCUCCAAAUCGGAACCAACAAGUUAAUGGUUCUCCACCAAGAAGACAUAGCAUUCAUUCUGGAGAACACAUAAGGCUAGUGAGAACAUUUAUUAAAACUUUGCACGAAUUUGCUAACAGUGCCAUAGGUGAUAAAAGUGCAAUGGAUGAAUUAAAAGGUGUCAUAAUGCCAUCUGUACAAGGAAAAAUUUACACUUUCUUGAGAAAAGCUAUUCAUCAUUGGCCUUUAGACAGCUCUUUUAGAUUAAUAUUGGAAGCGUGGCUGAGUUUUAUACAACCUUGGAGAUAUGUUCAAGGAAUUCCUUUAUCAAAGAAAAUCGAAGAAGAAGAAAGAGGAAAAAUUCAAGAUCCGAACAAAUGGGUCUCAUUUGUUGCCAAUAAUUUAUUAUCUUAUACUGCUAUUUUUCAGCAGUUGUUACCGCGAUUCCUUCGUACAGAUCUUGUUGCUCCCAAAAAUGCACAUAUGCUAUUCAGAGUUACCAAAGUAUUUUCUCAACCCUUCUUAGCAAAGAUAUUAAUGGAAGUUGAAUGCUGUCUCGAUGAUAUUGCUUUAACACGAAAUCGUUCGGCUUGCCAAUGGACAGGGACUAUUAGACAACAAAUUUUAGAACUGGAAGGUCCAACCUAUCAAUAUAUCCCAAUGUUUUCAUGCGAAAAUAUGCAACAGAUCAUACAAUUUUUGGGUGCAAUUAAACAAGCCCAUUUAACUGCAACAAGUCUUGUCGAGGCCUUGGAAAAACGUCGCACUGGAAAACGCCUUCUUUUUUCCAUUUGGGAAUUUUUCAAUGGAAAUGAAAACAAUUCAGAAGACAUAAGUUUAGAUGAUCGAAAAAAAGUACCAGUGUUUCUUGCUAAUGCUCAAAUGCAGUUGAUGGAAGUUUUUCAGCUAAACGCGGACGAAAUUCCAGAAUCGGCAAUAGCAGCUGACCAAGAAUAUCAUGAAAGCAUUUUGUCUACUUCGUUUUGUCAUCAGUCACAUUUUGAAUCAAGUUUCGAUACGACAAGGCCUGGAGUUUUCGUCCCAAUUCAAGACGGACGUCAAAAUUGUCGUUAUAUUGAAUAUAUGGGUGAUCUUGAACUGCAACCUGUUCGCAGCUAUGAAAAUGCUUUUCUAGUCAGAUUUUUUUAUAAUUUUUGCAGCUAUAUCAAUAAUAAGUAUCAGGAUCACUUAUGCUCUGCCUAUAGCAGAGAAGAUUUUUUUGGAAGAAUUUCUCGACAGAUUUUAAAGCCACCUUCGACUGUAGUCCAAUUACCUAAAAGAACUCCAACUGGAUUCUCUUCUGGAUAUGAGAAAAACAUACCACCACACAUAAGUUUACGAGCAGCUGCCAGCUACUAUUUGAUGAUACGAUUCAUGCUGGGAGUGUUACUAUUUUGGCUUUUCGGGUACGGAACGACGGCAUAUUUUGGCGUUAUUUUUUCAGCCUGGAUAUUUUAUAUAUUAAUAAAGGCUAUAUGCGAACCUUUAAGUAAUAGAAAUGGUGAUGUAUCAAGACGAAUGACACAAUCAUUUACUAUUCAAUAAAUUUGAAAACACUCAAUAAUGAACUGAAAUGCUAAUUUGUAAAUAUUAGCCUUCCACAAUCAUUUUCUACGGACAAUUUUUCGUCGAAUUUUUAUAUUUAAAAAGUUCAGAAUUUCUUAUAUAUAUGAAAAAAAAUAUAUAUAAUAAAUAAAAAAAAAUAAUAAUAACGAAGAUUUUAUAGGAAUUAAACAGUUUUGAUAAUUUUUUAUUGGCUUAUGUUUCCAUAUAAUUCUUAUAUCAUUUGUAUAUGCAGGGUACUUGAAGCGAGAAAUAUAUGUAUAUAAAACUA